ACCCCCUCCCCCGACGGAAUUCGACUUCGACGACGAUCCCCUCCCCCCCAACCCCUCCCUCAUCGACCGCCGCCGCACCCCAGGGCCCCCCAGCCGCGGGCAGAAGCGCGAGGCGCGGCUGGACAAGGUUUUAUCCGACAUGAAACGCCACAAGAAGCUGGAAGAGCAAAUCCUCAGGACCGGCCAGGACCUUUUCCCGCCCGAAAACGACGAAUCCCCCACCCCAAAAAGACCCCCGGGCUUUUUCCUUCGCCAGCGCAAGUACUGAACCCGAGAAAACCCCAAAAACCCCUGGUUUACCCCAAAAAAAACCACGAAAAUCCGGGGUUUUACCCCAAAAAAACCCAAAAUUCUGGGGUUUUACUCAAAAAAAAACCCCCAAAUUCUGGGGUUUUACCCCAAAAAUCUGGAGUUUUACCCAAGAAAACCCCAAAAAUCCCUGGUUUACCCCAAGAAAACCACGAAAA